CCCGUUAAGGCAACCAUUAUUUCUGGCAUUUUCAAUGCUAAGGUAGUUGGCUAACAAAUUGGGCAAAAAUUGGAGGUGACGCGCGUCGUGUCCUCCAAGUACGCGUCCUCAUUGAAAGCCUAAUUCAAACCACCACAAGUACAACAUGGAAACGUCAUUUGCAUUAACUGGCAAGGGCUACGUGAUCGUAGCUGCCGACACUACCGCAGCCCGAUCCAUUGUCAAGAUGCAGAUCGACCAAGACAAAAUCAAGGAGCUCAGUCCUCAUCUUCUCAUGGCGUACUCGGGUGAACCAGGUGAUACCGUCCAGUUUGCCGAAUACGUCGAGCGCAAUAUUCGUCUGUACCAAAUUCGUAAUCUGUAUCCUCUUCGCCCAGCCGCAGCCGCAUCCUGGAUCCGCCGUUCAUUAGCGGAAUCUCUGAGAUCACGAAACCCGUACUCAGUGAACCUGCUGCUAGGCGGAUAUGACACGUCCUCGCACACACCGAACUUGUAUUGGAUUGAUUACUUGGGGACAGUGGUGGAAGUACCAUUUGCUGCGCAUGGAUAUGGUAGUUACUUCGCCCUGAGUUUGCUUGACCGUUACCAUGAUCCAGAAGCAUCCCUGGAAGAGGGUCUUGCUAAUCUGAAACGUUGCAUCGAUGAGGUGGCGAAGCGUCUGGUGGUCAAUCCAGGCAAAUACAAGGUCAAAGUAGUUGACAAAGACGGUAUUCGAGAAGUCGAGAUAUAAUAUCCCCCCUGGCAAUGUGUACUGUAAUGUGCUACCGCCAUCUCCUUCUGUCCCUGUAUAUUUCUAUUUCCAUCUCUACAACUCAAACCAGAAAGACACUACCCUCUACUCGGUCCCCUCCAAUGAUACGCUCCGUCUUCUUCUCGCAUGUAAGUAUCUUUCGAAUGCGUGAAAGUACACCUUCGUACUGUACCACAUCCUGGGGAAACAUAAUGAUUUGGACUGCUUUCUCGAUAUCCGACCUUCGAAUUCUAGA